GCUGGCCGCAAUUGGGCAGACGUCCCUCGCCGGGUCCCUCUCCCUCCCGCGACGGCGGCUGCGUCCUAGGCGCGGCCGCGUUUUCUCACGAAGAUGAGGCUGGUAAUCCUUGAUAACUACGAUCUAGCAAGUGAAUGGGCUGCAAAGUAUAUUUGCAAUCGCAUCAUCCAAGCCAAGCCCAGCCAAGCCAGGUAUUUUACUCUUGGUUUACCAACAGGAAGUACACCUCUAGGCUGCUAUCAGAAGCUGAUUGAAUAUCAUAAAAAAGGAGAUCUCUCUUUCAAAUAUGUGAAGACAUUCAAUAUGGAUGAAUAUGUAGGUCUUCCCAGAAAUCAUCCGGAGAGCUACCAUUCUUACAUGUUGAACAAUUUUUUUAAGCAUAUUGAUAUAGAUCCAGGCAACGCUCACAUUCUGGAUGGGAAUGCUCCAGACUUAAAGGCAGAGUGCGAGGCGUUUGAAAGAAAGAUUGAAGAAGCUGGAGGGAUCGAUCUGUUUGUUGGAGGCAUUGGUCCAGAUGGCCACAUUGCUUUUAAUGAACCAGGCUCCAGUUUAGUAUCGAGAACGAGACUGAAGACACUAGCGAUGGACACCAUUCUGGCAAAUGCAAAAUACUUUGACGGAGACCUAUCUAAAGUUCCAACUAUGGCCUUAACAGUUGGUGUGGGAACAGUGAUGGAUGCUAGAGAAGUCAUGAUUCUAAUCACAGGAGCGCACAAAGCGUUUGCCCUGUACAAGGCGAUUGAGGAAGGGGUCAAUCAUAUGUGGACAGUGUCGGCUUUUCAGCAGCAUCCUCAUACCAUCUUUGUCUGUGAUGAAGAUGCAACGUUAGAACUGCGAGUUAAAACUGUUAAAUAUUUUAAAGGUUUAAUGCAUGUGCACAACAAACUUGUGGAUCCGCUGCACAGUAUGAAAGUGCAAGAUUGAAGGAGAAACCCAAAGCUGGAAUCAGCCUGUCCCUGGCAAUGCGUUGGGUAGCAGAUGAAUUGACUGCUAUGCAAUAUGCUGGAAACCGGUGAAAAUAGAAAAUCUUUGAGUACUGUGCUUCUUCCCUCCUUUAUCAGAAGGUCCAACCUGUUCUCUCUUACAUUCCUCCUAGCCCUGUAGCAAGCUGUGUUCUCUCUGCUUUCCUAACCAGAUUUGUGUUGACUGUUGCACAUUUGUUGUACGCUGUUAGAAACCAAUGGAACCGUUCUGACUUUAAAGCACAGCCGUGUUUGAGCUUUCGACAGAGGAAGAACAACAUUCUGUGCCACAAAAUGUUACAAAAUAUUUCAGAUGGCCUCAAUGCUUAUUUUUUGGGGGGUGGGAGGGCGGGUCUUGGGUUUUGUAAUGUCUGCAUAGAACCAGUUAAUCAGGCACUUUAUUAUGAAAUGUUUACACAUGGACACCCCAAUGGUUGGCUGCCUUAAAACUGUACACAUCCAUUGGGGCAACACCAGAGUAGCCUAGUUUGAAAGCAGUACCUGCAACCACAGAGCUUCCAGAAUGGUAGGUGAGUUAGUUGUUGCGGUAAAAUCAAAGACUCUUCUAGCACCUUAAAAGCUAGGGCUUGGGUUUUCUGCAGUGCCAUUGGAAGAGGCAGACAGCUCUCUGUGAACCUUGCCAAAGUGAUGCCGAGUUGUGAAUCCAUGUGAAGGAACUGCUGUUUUUCCUAUCAGUGCAUCUCCCAAAUUACCUUUCGGAGGCUUGCAGGUGUCUGCAGAAGAGAAGAGGAGGUGAGAACAGUCCACUUUGGCAUAGUAGGCAUUGACCCCGACAGCUUUGUGCAUGCAAUUUUUUCCCCGUACCUUGCCCAAAUUGCCGUUUUCACAUGACUCACAUCUGCCUAAAUUUUAUAGAGUUAUGGAGGGUGGGCAGAGUAUGAAUGAGUUCUACGCGUUUUGAAUUCUAGUGCAGCCUUUAAUUCCCGAGAGUGUUUAGCAUCACUAAACACAGUUCUGACUUGAGCUUAAGUAAAGCCUGUGUUGCUUUCUGCAGUUCUUCCUGUUGUUACUUCAGCCAUGAAUUGGCUUUGGAUGGCAAGAUGCUGUCUGAGGUCGGAGGCCAGUUUCUUUGUUGAGAACAGUAUUUUCUGUAAUAGGGACUGUGGUUGCUGCAACGUGUCAAUUCCUUAAAGGCAUUUGUCUGUGAAGGAGAAAUUAAUCCUACCAUACCUCAUUAUGGAGCUUAAUAAAUCUUUUGCUGUUUGA